GAGACCCACCUUUCUGGUCAGUUGGACAGUUGCCCUUCCAGCAGGGUGUAGGUGUAGGUGUGAGUAUGUACCGAAUCCCUCCGGACGCACGUGGUCGAUAUGGCGGCCGAAAUAUCUCCAUACCAUCUGUCCCGUGUGACGGAGCAUCCUAUAGAGGCCAGAGAAAAGAUAGUAGAGUAUAUAGAAUGGGGGAAUAUACAUUUUACUGUGACAAAAAGAACCAUGAAAAGGGUGUGUGGUAUUUUCGGUGUAGCGAAUCUAGGAAAGAUCCCCCAUGCCAUACCACAGCCAAAUCAUAUGUGCCAAAUGUCGAUGAGCUGCAGCCCAACAAUAACAGGCGGCACUCUCACCAGCCAGCAUAUCCAUUACGAGAAGCUUAUCUGAGGCACCGAGAAGAUUUAAUCAAUUUGUGCCUCCGACAAAAGUCAUGUUCCCUCAAGAAGAUAAUAGAUAGCUAUGUGAAUAAUCUUGAGGAUCAGCGCCUUGUUGAUAGUUUCACUAUUGAAUCUAUCAAGAAGGCGGUCAACAGGCUACGGAAUAUGAACUUACCACCUGUUCCCCACACCUUACGCCAGGCUUCUGAAAGCCUUGAAAUGCUGGAGUUUUCGUAUCUUGGAAGGAACAGAGACGAUACUCAAGACUUUUACCAGGGACUUGUUGGUGAGCGAGGGCAGGAGAGUCUUCUCUUUGUAAACUUGGAAUUGAUGCAUUUAGUAGGCAUUAAGAGUGUGUUGGCCUCUGACGCCACGUUCUAUUGCUGCCCUCGCUUGCUGGGGGCAAAGCAGGUUUUAAUUUUUGCCUUCCAUGCAUAUGGACAAGUCUUUCCCUUUGCGUAUGCUGUCAUGACCAGCAAGACCACGGCCAGUUAUGCACACAUCAUCCAGAGGCUUAAAGAUCUAGGACUUCGUGCCAAACUGGUUACCACUGAUUGGGAGACUGCUGAACAGAAAGCAUGGAAGCAGGUUUACAAGAAUAUCGAACUCUGGGGUUGCCUGUUCCAUUACCAGAGAGCUGUAUAUAGACAGGCCAAAAAGAAGAAGUUGACGAGGCACCUCAAAAAAGGAGGGAGCAACAAGGAUGUUGCCCGAAUCCUAAAGCUUCUGUCAGUUCUCCCCCGCCUGCCAGCAAAUGAGAUCAAGAAGGGAUUCAAGGUCAUCAAACAAGAAGCAGAAAAGACAUUAGACGGUAGGCUAAAGAAGAAAAUGGACAAGUUAUUUCAGUACUUCAACAACCAGUGGCUGAUAAAAACAUCAGCCGAAGAGCUCUCUGUCCAUGGAAAAAAUGUCAGAGUGACAAGUGGGCUUGAAAGUAUAAACGCCAGAAUCAAUGAUCUCAUGCCCAUGAAACACCCACACUUCUGGAUAUGGCUUGACUUGCUCAAGGACUUUGAUAAAGAGAUUACAAAAAAAUACGAUGACAUCAGGAUUGGAAAAGGACAAUCAGGCAGCAGCAAGUAUUACAAAAAGGACACUGACAGACUGACGGACCAUGACAUUAGACGAGCAUUACUAACUUUUGAGGGGCAUAAGAAUCACCUCGAAUUUCUAAUUGCCAUUCAACCUACAUACAACAAUGUGCUUGCUGUCCUGCACAUAACAGAUGAAGAUACACCAGACAACAUUCCAACAGAUGAGGAAGUUUUGGCUCAGGACACGGCACAAAUCCUACAGGCGCCAACUAGGAGGAGUGCAAGGCUGAUGAUCAACAGUGAGAGUGAACAUUCAGAGAUUGAUGAACCAUCAUUAAAUCAUGACCUCACCUCUGGCCUGAGUCCUGCUGCAUCAGAAUCUGGGUUGGCAAACUCUCCACGUCCACGUCCACGUCCACCUGGUGAUGACUUUGUUGGCAUCGUCCUCACAUCUCCAACUGGGCCAUCAUUCACACCUAACAGAGACACUCUGCUUGACAAAUCCACCACUCCAAAGUCCACGGAGUCGUGGCACCAGGCGGUGACAUUGGAAUCGAACUCUGUUGACAAUGGAAUCGGACCACUGGAGCCUAUGGAUACAAGCACGAGUCUUUUCUCAGAGCCAGCCACAAUAAGCUGUUCAUCCGUUGCUCCACACACAACUCCACAACAGUGGGAGUCAUCACUGGUGAGGCUGAUACCUGCAAACAACGGGCUUGACAGUUCCAGUGGUGCUCCGAUAAUUCCAAUCUGUCCACUGCCACAACCUGCUGAGCUGCAACAGCAAGAAAACGGAGCACCUUUACCACCACCAGCCUUUGUGCCACUGGACAGAAAGGCAGCUAAGAAAGAGCGCAGGAGGCUGAAGUUACUGGCUGCCCGACAGUCUCGUCACCUGCAGGGGCAGGAUGAGGGUGAAGGAGACAGCCCCAUGAUCAAGGAGCCCAUGAUGAGCCAGAGUGAGCGACGCCGCCUUAAGAGGCAGGCUAGCAGAGCUGCAGCCAGUGCAGCAAAAUUGCAAAAAUUGAAAUAA